AUGUACGAAACCGAUAAUAUAUUCAAAGAUACGGUGUUAUUUAAAUAUCAUCUUUUACUCCUGAAUGAACUUGUCAAACUCGCCAAGGAAACCAACGAUAUUGAUCGUUUAAUCAAUGGUGGAGCACAUAUUCUUUUGCCUUUUGAAAGUCUGUCCAAUGAAUCGAUACGUAAUCUAACAGAAUUGAAUCAAUGUUAUUUAACUAAGUUAAAUGUUAAAAUAUUCGAAAUACUCAAAUCUUCGACUUACAAAUCGUGUCGAGAACUGACGGAAGUACUACUCAAUCCGAGUAAUUAUUUUCUCGAACAAUUGAAACAAUUAUUUCAUCAAUGUCUCGGCCGUUUGCAAUUGUCCGAAGUUCAACCGUCAGAAUAUCGUUCGAAACUUUAUUUAAUACAAGCGAUCGUAUUCAAACUCGAAAAUGAUGCUGAAAAAUCAUUGCGUAGUGCCCACGAUGCAUUGCUUUCUCAUCCCUAUGAUGAUGUCAUUGAUAGUCUUAUUCUAUUCAUGAAUCAUUCGCAUUUCCAUUCAACAUUACGUCGAACAUUAUUGAAUGAUAUUAAACAAUGUUCAUUAACUCUAACUGAUCUAACUCCACCGACACAGAUGAUGAAUAGCUUAACAUUUCUCAAUCGAACAGAACGUUUAAUUAUGUUGAAAAAAUAUGAACGAGCAAUAUUCAAGCGGUUAGCCGAAAAUGACCCUGUUCAAGCAGCAUAUUCCUACAUGGACUUAAUUAUGGCUGUAACAAACAGUAGAACACUGUUUAUGAAUAAUUUAAUAAUGUCGUGCGUAUACUUCUUUCAAGCAAUUAGUCAACCGAAAUGUACGUUAGCAGAAGUUUAUGCCUAUCGUUCUAUUAUAUUUGACAUAUCAGUGGAAAUAUUUCUGUUUACAAGACAUUACUUGCCAUUGUACGUUCAAAUGUAUGCUUAUAAAUUGUUGUAUACAUUAAUUAUGCGUUCAACUGAUUUGUUUGCUAAACGAAUCAUAUCAUCGAGCUCAAACCGAACAGCCAGGAGUCAACCGAUACUAAGCGAUUUUCAUGAGACACUGCUCGAUGAACUAUUGAAAAAUAUUCUACAAUUAUCUAAGGUGAGUCCAUUUACACACAUGCCAACUAUUGGUUCAUCUCACGAUAUGAUCUAUAUGGAAUGUGCUGGCAAUGAAUUUCUAUCCAAAUACUUGAAAGCAAUGGCACCUAACAGUUCGAUGUAUCAAUAUUAUUUUUUCGAAGGUAUUUGGAAAAGUUGGAUUGAUGGUGAAAAUUUCGAAGAUGAACGUGAUUACUGUAUGUACUAUUUACUAAAGGAUCGUCAGUGGACAACGUACGAUGUAGAAGAUUUACUGUGCUGGUCUAUUAUACCCAGAACGGACGAUGGAUGGUACUUGGACACAAAACAUCGACUACAAUUAGAUCCUUCCGGAUAUUCACAGGUUAUCGGCAUAACACUUAACAAUGAUACAGGCGACAUUGAAUUUAUGUUUGCACAAGCUAAGAAAAAUGAACAUAAUCUAUUCGAUGCAGGUGAUGUUAUGGAUAUAGUAACAAAUGGCAUAAGCUAUGCUUAUUUCACUUUGGAUCCGCCGAAUGUCGAAUAUCAUUCACAUCCAUUUAAUGAAAUGAAAUAUCUACCGAAACGUUUAGUCGAUAUACCAAACUAUUUACUUACGCUGUUGCAUACAGAUUAUCUAUUAAAAAUGAUUUCUACGGGUGUCGAGAUUUGUUCACAGACACCAUUUGAAAUGCGUCCAAUUUCCGAGAAUUUAGUGCAACGAUUGCCUGUACACAUACGUGAAGAGCUACAGUCGGUUGCAAUGAAAAAAUCUGAACUUUUAACGGAUAGUAUUCAUCGUUUCUGGAUACAACCCGAGUCCGAGAUUGAGUACGAACAAGCGUAUUACCGAAAUUUUUUUGGUCGAACCAAUGAAAAUAUAACACAAUUUUAUUUGAGUGAUAAAAUAAAAAUGUGCGUAAAGAAACAUCGAAUGCGAUAUGAUGAAAGAGGUAAUUUAAUCGACGAUAAAGACGAUAAUGAAAAUGAUCAGUCAGCUGAAGCUGAAUUUGCACGUGUUUUCACAAAAUAUUACGAUGAGAUUGGUGAAUAUUUUCCGGAGUUAUUGCGUUUGAAAGAAUUGCUGAAACUAAGUGUUCUAUCACGUAUCAUUCAGUCUCGUUAUGAAAGUCAGUGUGAUCUGGCUGCACAAAUUGAAAACGAUGCAACAUUUGAAACCUAUCUAGCCGAAGUUAAGAACAAAAUUGGUGACUAUCCUACCGGAUCAGUAGAGGCAGAUGAAAAGAUUCUAAAUGCUAUAUCGAAUAAUAUAUGCAAGAAUUUCUUUUGUAAGAAAAGUAAUCUUAAACCAUACCUACUCGAUUGGUUAAGACAUGGUCAACACACGGCAUUGGUAACAUUUGUUAAACAAUCACUGAUUCAAUGUAAAGCAAAAUUAAAAUUUACCAUUGAGAAAUUUAGCUUGCAUUAUGAUGAUGAAGAUCAUGAUGAUGAACAACGACUGAAUAACGAUACGACACAAUGUUUCUGGGUACCAGCAGCGUUUUCGUCGGAUUUAAGUAUGAAAGUGUAUGGAGGUGUCAUGCUAACUCCAAACCCUAAAGGAAGAACUGGUGUAAAGGAUGAAUCAGAAAAAUCGAAAAAAUCAAAAACAACUGAGAAUGUUGCUAAAUUAUCAAAAAAGUCGAAUGACAUUAAAAGUAAAAGAAGUGCAAGCAACGUGGAAAAAUCUGGAGAUUCAAACAAAAAUUGUCAAACAACUGAUCAAAAUGGUAAUAUAAAAUCGAAAAGUCAUGUAAUUGGGCGUGGAGCAGGUCCAAGUGGAGACCCUAAAAUACAUUCUAUUCCAUUUAAUAGUAGAAAGGGAGCGAUGGAAGCUGCACAAAAGGAUGGUAAAGGAAAUCGGCCGGUACAUCACGGUGUGAAUUACGAGAAAAAGGAGCCAGCUCAUUGGCAUCCAGCAGAUAAAGAUGGGAAAAUAAUAAAAAAUGGAAAGCAUUAUACUUAUGGUAGGUAUAGUAAAAAGUAA